UCGUGCCCUAGGAAGACUGAGGCGCCCCCCGAGUCAUGGCCCGCUCGGCCUGCGGGUUCUCGGUCGCACUGCUGGGAGCCCUGCUGCUGGGCGCAGCGCGCCUGCUUCGCGGGACAGAAGCGUCUGAGAUUGUUCUGCCCCACGGAAGUGGCGUUACAGUGCACGUGAAGCGGGUGAGCCCAACCCUUCCCGUGAAGCCCUGCUCCAUCAUCAUGUCUAAACAGUAUAUGACUGAGUUGAUUAUCAAACCUGGAGAAAGAAAGUCUUUUACCUUUAGCUGCAGCAAUCCGGAGAAGCACUUUGUCUUGAAGAUUGAGAAGAAUAUUGACUGCAUGUCAGGCCCAUGUCCUUUCGGGGAGGUUCGUCUUCAGCCGUCCACAUCAGAACUGCCCAUCCUCAACAGAACCUUCAUCUGGGACGUCAGAGCUCAUAAGAGCAUUGGCCUGGAGCUGCAGUUCGCAACCCCUCGACUGAGGCAGAUUGGGCCAGGCGAGAGCUGUGCGGAUGGGGUGACCCACUCCAUCAGUGGCCAUAUAGAUGCCACUGAGGUCAGGAUUGGGACCUUCUGCAGUAAUGGCACCGUGUCCCGGAUCAAGAUGCAAGAGGGUGUGAAGAUGGCUUUACACCUGCCUUGGUUCCACCCCAGAAACAUCUCAGGCUUCAGCAUUGCAAAUCGAUCCUCUAUCAAACGCCUGUGCAUCAUUGAGUCAGUAUUUGAGGGCGAAGGCUCAGCAACCCUGAUGUCAGCCAACUACCCAGAAGGCUUCCCUGAAGAUGAGCUGAUGACCUGGCAGUUUGUUGUCCCUGCACACCUAAGGGCCAGCGUCUCCUUCCUUAACUUCAACGUCUCCAACUGUGAGAGGAAGGAGGAGCGCGUUGAAUAUUAUAUCCCAGGAUCCACCACCAACCCGGAGGUGUUCAGGCUGGAGGACACGCAGCCAGGAAACAUGGCUGGGAACUUCAACCUCUCCCUGCAAGGCUGUGACCAGGAUGCUCAAAACCCAGGAAUCCUUCGGCUCCAGUUUCAGGUCCUGGUCCAACGUCCACAGAAUGAAAGCAAUAAAACCUACAUGGUGGACCUGAGUCAAGAGCGAACCAUGUCGCUCACCAUAGAGCCACGGCCAGUCAAACAUGGCCGCAGGUUUGUUCCUGGGUGCUUCGUGUGUCUAGAGUCUCGGACUUGUAGUACCAAUGUCACCCUGACAGCUGGCUCCAAAUACAAGAUUUCCUUCCUGUGCGAUGACUUGACACGCCUGUGGGUGAAUGUGGAGAAAACCCUAAGCUGUCUGGAGUACCGCUACUGCUACAGGCCUUUCAACCUGCAGGUGCCUAAGGAUAUCCUCCAGCUGCCUGUGCAGCUCCAUGACUUCUCCUGGAAGCUACUGGUGCCCAAGGACAGACUCAGCCUCAUGCUGGUGCCAGGCCAGAAGCUGCAGCAGCAUACACGAGAGAGGCCUUGUAAUGCCAGCUUCAGCUACCACGUGGCCAGCAUCCCCCCUGGCCAGGACCUGUACUUUGGUUCCUUCUGCCCAGGAGGCUCCAUCGAGAAGAUCCAAGUGAAGCAAAAUAGCUCGGUGACACUGCGAACAUAUGCUCCCAGCUUCCAACAAGACAUCUCCAAGCAAAGCCUGACAGUGUCCCUCAUACCUUAUUUCAAAGAAGAAGGCAUCUUCACGGUGACCCCAGACACAAAAAACAAGGUCUACCUGAGAUCACCCAACUGGGACCGUGGCCUGCCUGCUCUCUCCUCGGUGUCUUGGAAUAUCAGCGUUCCUAGCAACCAAGUGGCGUGUCUGACCUUCUUCAAAGAGCGUUCUAGCUUGGCCUGCCAGUCAGGGCGUGCAUUCAUGAUCAUCCAGGAGCAGCAGACCCGGGCAGAGGAGAUCUUCAGCCUGGAGGAGGAAGUCCCGCCUAAGCCAAGCUUCCACCAUCACAGCUUCUGGGUUAACAUCUCCAAUUGCAGCCCUAUGAAUGGCAAGCAGCUAGAUUUGCUCUUCUGGGUGACUCUUACCCCGAAGACUGUGGAUUUGGCUGUCAUCAUUGGUGCAGCAGGAGGCGGGGCUCUGCUGCUGUUUGCUCUGGGACUCAUCAUCUGCUUUGUGAAAAAGAAGAAGAAGGUGGACAAGGGUCCUGCUGUGGGUAUCUAUAAUGGCAAUGUCAAUACCCAGGUGCCCCAGACCAAAAGGUUCCAGAAAAAACGAAAGGACAAUGAUUCCCAUGUGUAUGCUGUCAUUGACGACACCAUGGUAUACGGGCACUUGCUGCAGGACUUGGGUGGAUCCUUCAGCCAACCAGAAGUGGACACCUACCGGCCCUUCCAGGGCCCCAUGGGAGACUGCCCUCCCACCCCACCUCCUAUAUUCUCCAGGACCCCAACUGCAAAGUUCACUGCAGAUGAGCUGGCUCCUAGUAGUCCUCCUGAGCCUGAGAGUGAACCCUACACCUUCUCACACCCCAACAAGGGGGAAGUCGGUGUCAGGGAGACUGGUAUCCCUUUACUCAACAUCCAGGGACCAGUGGAGACUGAAGAGUAAUUUGGCCCCAUUCCAAAGACUUUGCUGAGGUGCAUGGCACCAGGCCUUGAGACAUGCAGGACUGACCCAACCAGAAGUCAGAGGGAAGUGCAAUCAGCUAGAAGGAAGAGUAGCUUUUGCCAGGUGCCAUCAGUCUUGAUCUUCUGGUGGACUGCUUCUGGUGAUGAGCAAAUCAUGGCUUCUGAUGGGGAUGCUAUCCAAAAGCUCAGGCCUUCCUGAACUCAGGUUGUGUUGGGGCUGGCCACAGGGACAGAAGAGAGACACGAUCCACACAGACAGGAUCACAGAGAGCCCUGGAUUCCCAGUGAUAAGCAGAGACUUAGCUGAUCCCCCAGGAGGUCCACUUGAGGUCUCUGCUCUCACUGGAGUCCCAUGGAUGAGAAUGACAAUGUGCUUUUUUAUUAGUA